AUGUUCACGAAUUUUCUUAAAAAAGCUGUAUUUAAAAAUACUGUUGAAUAGCAGAUAAAGGCUAGUUUCGCAAGUUUAAAAAGUGAUUAGAAAGCAAGUUAGAUUUCAUAGCAGAAUUCUAAUAAUUAAAAUGGAGUUUAGUAGACUAAAAAAGGGCAAGAAUUAGUUUAAUAAGCAAAAAUAAUUUAAUCAAGAAAUGACAUUCCUCAUUUUACAAAAUAAGUGAGAGAAAAUUAUGAAAAUGAUACCAUUUCUUACACAGAACCAAUAUAAAUGAAUAUGCUAAGAAGAAUUCAUAUACGUGCUUAAUUUAAAUAAUUAGAUGAAAUUGAACAUAGAGAUAGAUUCAUUAAAAGGAUGGAAUACUUGAGCACAAUGUUUCCAUUUUUCAAAAAAUACUAUUUUGACAAAGAUGAUCUUAAUCUACCAGAUGACAACGAAUAUGUUUAUGAUAUAGAAAAGAUUAAAUUAAAAGAUUACAUAAAAGACCUUUUAUUCAAGCCUGGCAAAGUUGAUGAGAGAGAUUUAUUCCCUUAUUUCAUGAUUUUUGGUUACUUAUUUGUUUUUGGUAGUUGGUUCAUUUGCGAUAUACUUAUCUUUAAGGUCUUCUAUACUACUGAUGAAAUUUUAGGUAUUGAUAAAAACAAAAAAUAUAUGAAAUCUCAAUUAAAAGGUGUAGAAUAUAAUAUGGAAAUCAUAGAAAAUAAUACCAAAAACCUACUUUUAGAAGAAAGACAGUAAUAUAAAUUAGAAAGCAUCUUAAAUGAGGUUAAAAAGCACUCUGAUAUAUCUAAACAAGCUAAUGCAUCAAAUUCAGAUAAUAAAAAUAUAUCUCCUUCUUAAUCUCAAUGA